AUGGACAAAGUGGGCAACACCUACGUCAUCGAGCCGGACCCACUCAACCCCGCCCGCCCCUUCAAGCGCAUGAUCGAGGCCAAGGACACCAUCUACGACCCCUCCAGUUGGCUGAACUUCCGGCGCGAAGAGCCGCCCACCGAGAAGGAGCUCGAAGCCUAUGAAGCGAAGCAGCGCAACCUCGCGCAGAAGGUCGCGGAGCUGGAGGAGGAGGACGCCAAGCUGGCGUUGCAGGAGCAGGCCGCCAGGCAGGCCGGAGUUCGCAACGCAGGACCUCAGGGAGCCACACCGAAGGGAAUGCUCGACACUCUCGUGCUGCAGCUGGCUGCUGGCGAGAUCGACCAACGAGGGCAGAAGAGCGCCGAAGGAAAGGAAAUGGACGUCGAAGAUGAUGACCUGCCCUUCCCCGAGUUUCCCUCCGAGGCACGCCAAGGAAUGGGAUUCGCCCCGUCGGCCACGAAGCACGGAUGA